UUAAAAUUCGAAUUUUUGCAUAGCCGGUAAUCCUUUUCGAACCGGAACUCGGACAGAGCGUGAAAUAUUUGAAUAAUAUUAAAUACAAAUUCAGAGCAAUGUUCAAAUUAACUAAAGAGCUUCCAUUCUCCGGCUACCUGUUGAUAGUGCCGAGUGUCAGUGUCGGUAAUGUUGCACAAUUGGCCGUCGAUUUGCUAAUCGAAACGCUCAAGAUGCAGAAAAUUGGGCUCCUGUGGCAUCCGGCCUUGAUUCCAGUGGUUGGACCCGCCGCCUAUGCGCACGACACGGACAAGAUUACCACUACAGCGGAGCUGUAUGUUUCCGAACAGAGAAAACUUGUGGUCCUGCAGCUGCGGGCACCGCUAGUUGGUGCACUGCAAACAGAUUUCCUUGAUAAUCUAUCCGGGUUUGCGCGGGACAAGCAGUUUUCGGAAGUUGUUAUAUUAAGCAGCAGCUUUGCCCAUGAAAACCAUCAAGUCGGUGCCCGUCCGUAUCGCUACCUGGCAAACGAAUCAUUUCUGACGAGUCGCGCCGAAAAAUUGCGUACCUUACAGUGGACCAGCGCGGAGGGAAACGUAAUUCAUGGUGGAGGAUUUGCCGUUGCACUGUGGAAUGCUUGCAGUGAAAAGCAACUAGCCAGUUUAGUGCUGUUCAACUACGUCUCCGAAGGGGAUAAUACGGCCGACGCAGUGCAGCUUAUUUCGCUACUGGAUCAGCUGAAGCAACUGCUCCCGCGCGAAGCUGAUGGUGUGCCCAUUAAGGUGGCCAUUCCGAGCUCCUGGAAGCAUAUGUACGGCAAUGCCGCCCCGGUGAAUGUAUACUGAA